GCUGACUCACGCGCCCGGGGGGUGCUCGCGAGCGGUACUACUGGCCGGGCGGCGCCGCGCACAGAAGCGCUGCAGACGCCGCGGCGAGCGCUCGUGUCGCGACAAACUGAUAAUCAAAACGAUAUUUUUCGCGAAUUUUCCACCGCCUUGGAAAAACUCUAAAUUAUUUUUCUCAAUUUUAGAAUCUUCAGCCUAAGACUUAGGCCUAAUUUUUAUGUAGACAAAAUAGUUAUUAUUUAGAGGUAGGAAGUGAAAUAAAACUUUUAGAGAGUGUGAAGUAAAUGAUAACAUUAGCAUUAAGAACAAAUUACAGCACGACCUAAGUAAAUUGUGAUAACAUAAAUGAUAAGGCAAGAUGUUCAAUGAGAGGAGAGUAAUGUAAAGUAGCGCAGAGAGCAAGCAGAGACAUGCAAGCAAUGAGUGCUAACGCGAGCGCGCCGCGUGCGCCGCAGCGGUCGCCGUUCGCGAUCCAGGAGCUGCUGGGACUGUCGGACAGCCGCGAGUCCCGCGAGCGCUACUUCGAGAGCCGCGAUGGGGACCGCGUCCUCAACCUGUCCGAGAGCCGCGAGCCGCGCGCUGCGUACGCGCCGCAGUUCCCGCUGCCCGCGUCUAUGGCCAGCCGCGUGGCGUACGCCGCCGCCUUCAACGCGCAGGCAGCAGUAGCUGCCGCCUUCCUGCCAGGACCGCCACUAUUACACCCCCCGCCUGGGUUCCCGCAAAUCAAGUCGCCGUACAGCCCCGGCUCGCAGCCCCAUCUCACCGCGGUCCGACAGUUUUAUUCAGGAGUGUCGUCGUUGGAGGCAGCGAAAGAUUUCACAGUCGACGGUCUCACCGGGUACAACGGCAAGAAAAAGAAGAAAAAACGUAGACACAGCCGAACAAUCUUCACAUCGUACCAACUGGACGAGCUGGAGAAGGCGUUCAAGGACGCGCACUACCCCGACGUGUACGCGCGGGAGAUGCUCUCCCUCAAGACUGACCUGCCAGAAGACAGAAUCCAGGUCUGGUUCCAAAAUCGUCGAGCGAAAUGGCGCAAAACGGAGAAGUGUUGGGGCAGGUCGACGAUAAUGGCGGAGUACGGCCUGUACGGUGCCAUGGUGCGUCACUCCCUGCCGCUGCCGGAGACCAUACUCAACAGCGCCAAGGAGAACGACGCCGUCGCGCCCUGGCUACUCGGUGAGUUCGGCAUGCACCGCAAGUCUAUCGAGGCGGCGCGCCACCUCAAGGAGUCGGGGUCAGAGCGCGAGGGCUCCGAGGCAGAGCCCGAGCGGCCCACCUCCGCCUCCUCGCACCACCACGACAACCACGACGCACAGGCACAGAGUUCCCCAGCGAGUUCAACAACGGCGUCGUCAUCAGCGAAGGGUCGCGCGUCUCCCGAGCCUGGGCGGGAGAUGUACGAGGACGCGGAGGCCUUCCGCAACAACAGCAUCGCCUGCCUGCGCGCCAAGGCACAGGAGCACCAGGCCAGGAUACUCAACCACAACAUGCUACUGCAGUUUGUGUUUUUACACCAGGUCCGUGGCGUGGCCCGUGCGGGCAGCGCGGAGGAGGAGGGUCCGGCCGACAUCGACGUGGGCACGGAGGCGCCGCCGCCCGCGCACCACCACCUCGCGCACCUCUACUGACCGCGCCACCCCGACACGCGCAGGGAACACUCGCCAACCAACUACUGAAAUUUGGUAAAACCUACUGUCAAUGUUAAACCGAUUGAAACCAGCAGAAAUUCUUCAUCAUCGUCAGUUUGGUAUCCUAGAGGAGUGCUAACUAUGGCAUAAUCUCUACUCUUAGCUCGUGGAUUGGGAAUAGCAGUAAGGAUACUGAAGUUUGAGGAUAUCUACUGCUGCCGGUCUCUCGACAGCUGGUAGCAGUUUUAAGACACAUCAGAAUAUGACCACGAAAUAUGAGUAGGAUUUUUUGUGUUGUUGUUACCUGGCAUGUAUCUCCUGCAGUGCAGGUCCGACACGCCCUGUGCACUGACACCGCGCGUGUCCUGUAAGUAUGUACAUUACUAGCCCCGUCUCGUGCAAUACCUUAGUUAAGUAUUUAUCUGUGUAGCCCGACUUGCAAUGUAUAAAGUUCCCCCGCUUAGAUUUAAUGUAUGACGCGAGUUGCCGAACUGAUUAAUGGCGCACUCGGUAUGACUAUAACAUAAACACACGCUUAUGUGGCAUCAUUAUGAUAUGGACGUGCUUUGUGUCAGUCUGUUGUUAACGCAAUAACACAUGAUACUUGCAAAGCUAUACAAUUCUGCAUAAAAUUAACUGAAUAAACCAACCAAACAAUCGAUUGUUGUACUUACCCAAUAAGGAAGUACUUAACUAAUUAUAAGUUGCAGUUCGACAACUCGCGUCACCUCGUAUAAUGUUGUAUAAUGACUCCUUAAUAUUACUUAGAGAUAUUUGUGCCCAGUGUAGUGUAAUUUUAUCGGAGGCAUUCGAGGCAAGGACAAGACUAUGUAAAUCGAACUAGCUGUAUAAAUGUAAUAACGUGUUGUAAGUUGAAACUGUCGUUACUUUCAUUGGCUAUGAUAUCUUUUAGUGCGAGUAGAGAAAGAAUCUUUUUAAUUAAUUUAUUUGUGAACAGAGCUGUGUGUCUUGUUGAAAAAUCAUGAUAUAAACCACGCUUUCUUGAAAUCAGAUCCUUGUACAUAACGACAUUGUUCAUAUUGAAAGCGUGUGCCUGAUUUUACUAAGUUCUGCUUAAAAUUACUUAAGUAUCUUUACCGUAUCCUCAUGCCAUGCAGAUGUGUGCAGCCCACAGCUCUGUAGAGACUUUUGUAUUUAAUAACAAUUGACUACUUACAACGAAGUGAGCCCUGUGUCACUAUUGUCAUAGGUUUACAUGAUACGAGUGCUAUCGUACUAUUGGUCAGAAUAAUUGGCUUUAAUACUGUAAGACGUGUCCACUAUACUAAAGUGUACAACUAUGCACUCAAAUAGGUACUUAAUUACAAAGGUAGUUAAGUAGAAUUUGUUAAAAAGCAAAUACUACCUAACUACCCGCCCUAUUUCCUAUUUAGCAAGGUUGCUUGUAUGUGGCUCGUUAAUAAAUCGAAUGAACAUCGAAAACAUUCCAAUGAAGACUAUUUGUAUUUUCUUAUUACUAUUGACAUGUACUUAUCUUUCUUUUAACGGCGAGUUCUUCAAUUAUCUUUAUUUACGAAAUUUGAAAACAAUCAUCUAUUGUAUUAAAAAUCUAAGUAGUACAUACGAACAAUUAGCCGAAAUGUAUAAAGCGCCUGUACAAAAAUAUUUAGCAAUAUAUAUUGAGGAACACGCUUGCUAUAACUAUCAAACCAGGCUAUCGAUAAUAAAUUACAAUAAAUAAAUUGUUAAUAGUAGAUAUUUUUUGUGUAAAUUCUCAUUUUGACAGUAAUGUUGCUUCUGAUUAAAGAUUAAUGCUGAUGCUAUCGAAGGAUCAAUUUGACAUACAAUACUCAGAUCAACAUCAAGGAAAAAAGAUAAACUGCCGACUCUUGUUUUGCUGGAUUCACCUACUCUUCUAAUUUUGCUAGAUUUUACUAUCACAAUUUGUACUUUGUAUGUUAAAUUGGUUCCUGUGGGCAGUGCGAGCGUCAUAUUGACGUGCCGUAACGACUUGUAUAGUUCGAGAGAAAGCUCGGAAGGCCUCACAUCUAUGAGACAUAAGUAAGUUUAUGAAUAACGUAGCAACUAUCGUUGGUACCGUACUACGCAUAGAGUUGUAAUAUAUUUAUUGAAAUUAAACAAAUCUAAAGUAAUGUGAAACUUCAUCGUAAUUACAAGUUAUUCCGAUGAAUAAAC